AUGAAACUCGCAUACUUCGCGUCGCUCGCGACGGCCCAGGAGUGCAUCAGCCGCUGGGGCGACGUCGCCGUGCCGCCGGCGGACCCGGUGCUGGGCAUCAAGGCCCAGUUCGUCGCCGACGACACGCCGACGAAGAUCGGGCUGAGCGUGGGCGCCUACCGCGACGACGACGGCAACCCCUGGGUCCUGCCGCCCGUCGAGGCCGCGCGCGAGAGGCUCUUCGGCCCCAACGGCACGACGACGCACGAGUACCUGAGCAUCGACGGCUUCGAGCGCUACAACAAGCUCGCGCAGGGCCUGCUCUACGGCCCCGAGGAGGCGAACCACGACGUCGUCACCGUGCAGGCGUUGAGCGGCACGGGCGCGUUACGCCUCGCCAUGGAGUUCCUGAACCGCCACUACCCGGGCCCGCGGACCGCGUACAUCCCCGCCGUCACGUGGAGCAACCACUGGAACAUUUUCAAGGACGCGGGCUGGGCCGACUCGCGGCCCUACACCUACCUCGACAAGGCGGGGCUGCGGUUGGAGUGGUCGAGUUUGUUGGCGGACCUCGAGGCGGCGCCGGAGGGGUCCGUGGUGUUGCUGCAUCUCUGCGCGCACAACCCUUCGGGCGUCGACCCAUCUCGCGACCAGUGGAAGGAGCUCGCGGCGUUGGUCAAGCGCAAGGGUCUGUUCCCGCUCUUCGACUCGGCCUACCUCGGCUUCGCGACGGGCGAUCUGGACGCCGACGCGUGGCCCUUCCGCUACUUUUUGCAGCAGGGCUUGGCGCCGUGGGCGUGCGUGUCCUUCUCGAAGAACUUCGGGCUCUACAGCGAGCGCACGGGCGCCGUCCACGCGACCGUCGCGUCGCCCCACGAGGCCGACGCCGUGCGGGGCCACCUGAAAAAGGUCGCGCGCGCCAUGUACUCGAACCCGCCGGCCUUCGGCGCGCGCGUCGUCGCCGCGGUCCUCGACGACCCGGACCUCAAGGCCGCGUGGCUCGACACGCUCAAGGUCAUGUCGAGCCGCAUCGGCGACAUGCGCACGGCGCUCCGGGCCAAGCUCGACUCGCUGGACACGGGCCGCGACUGGAGCCACAUCACGUCGCAGAUCGGCAUGUUCUCCUACACGGGCAUGACCAAGUCCGAGGUCCUCAAGAUCCGCGAGAAGCACCACGUCUACAUGCUCGAGUCGGGCCGCAUCUCCAUGGCCGGCAUCAACACGAAGAACGUCGACCAGCUCGCCACGGCCAUCGCCGACGUCCUCGAGUAG